AUGUCUGCCGCCCAGGAGCUCUCCAACAUUUCCUCGGAUCUGAUCUGGGAGAUCGUCCGUGACAACAACUGCUUCUCCGCCAAGAGCAAGAAGAACGGCGGUGUCCAGUUCUCCCGAGACCCCCUUAACCUGACCAACAAGACUUCCCGCAAGCACGCUGGUUUCGUCAACGACAAGGCUCUCGGUAUCUCCUCUGGCGAGAAGGGUGCUAUUGUUGUCACCUCCAAGAAGGCUCUGCCCAACAAGCCCGCCCAGAACCUUGUCAAGACCUCUUACAGCGGAUCCAAGAGCAACCGCAAGACCUACCAGGCUGUUGCCAACCAGGCUGCCAAGAACGGUUACCGUGCUGAUCUCCGCUCCGCUGCCGUUGAGCGUGCCUCCGCCCUCAAGAAGUCCAACAAGCCCGUCAAGCCCGAGCCCGAGCAGAAGCUCCGUGGCAACAAGGCCAAGAAGGCCGCCGCUGCUGCUGAGGAGAACUAA